AUGGUAGCGAAUGGAAGUUGCUCGGUUCUUGCCUGCGGAUCUUCAGCCCUCGUUGCUACUCUGGUGCUCCUGGCUUCCUUGGCUCUGUGUGAGGGCAAGGCUCACAUAGUCGUUCCUUGCUACAACGAGGAGACCCGACUUCCACAGCAAGUUUUCCUGGACUUCGUCGACCAGGCAGCGAACAAGGACGUGCUGUUUACUUUCGUCAACGAUGGCAGCAGCGACGGAACUUUACGUGUUCUCCGAGAGCUCGCGGCAAAGCGACCGCAGAGAAUGUCCGUCUUCAACCUGGAGGUCAAUGGUGGCAAGGCGGAAGCCGUUCGCAAGGGCAUGCUUCACGUGCUGCUGUCGAGGAAUUUGACGAGGGAGGACGUGGUUGCCUUCUGGGACGCGGACCUGGCGACGCCGCUCGAGACGAUCCCUCGCUUCAUGCGCAAGUUGGAGGAGAACGAGAAG